AUGAAUACGUCCGUGAAGGACAUGGCGGGGUAUGCCUCAGAAGUGGCUGGAAAAGCGGUGAACAAAAUGAAGAACUUCGCCCUACAAAGGAAGCUGAAACGUGGCAUUGGGCGCAUGGAGUUCACCAGCAAAGUGCUGGUGCGCAAGGCCAUGGCGGAGAUGGGGGCACCUGUGAUCAGUGGCUCAAAGCCAUCCGCUGAUCAGCUGGAAUGCACCAAAGAGACUGCUAUGGGUCACCAGCCACUGGAAGAGAUACCUUGUGCCGCGCAGGAUGCCUUUCCACCAUUGAGCUUGGUGAUGUUCCGCCUGCUGCUGGGCUGUGCCGGCCUGGCCCUGGCACAAGUGGGAGCGCAGGUGACUGGGCUGGACAAGGUGCACCUGUCUUUGGAGGAGACCCUGUACCUCUGUGCCAUUGGCUGGAUGAACACGGUGCUGCCCUACAGCCUCUACGCUGCUGCCCUUGGGAAGGGCGAAUCCGUUAGCGCCGCUUCGGCCUUGGCAGGCGCCACACCAGUCUUCACCGCCGGCCUCGCCAUGCUGGUUCUGAAACUUCCCCGCGUCCACCGCGGCACGGAGCGCGGCGCAGCGCAGGAGUGGCGAGGUCUUUUGCUGGGACUUUCUGGUGUGUUUCUCAUCGUUUUUCGCCGUGGCAGUUGGUCUCAGGGCAGCUUUGAGGGCCUGGGGCUGCAGCUGAUGGGCGUGCUGUUGAAGGCCUCCGCUGCGUGCCUGACGCAAGCGAAGAAUUCAAGGAAGCAGCGGGCCUCGCCGCUGCUGCAGGCGCUGGUGCAAGCUUUGUCGGGCGCCGGCCUCGCAGUCCUUCUCUCGCUGAGCCUGGAUGCGACUGGAAGAACGCCUCACUGGCUGGAUCCGAUGGAGCUGGUGGAUGGGAAGGGAUAUGGCUUCCUGCAGAGGGUCUCGCGGUGGCAAUGGCUCUGCUUACUCUGUCUUUCGCUGCUGGGAAGUUGUCUGGUCUACUUACUUCAGUUUUUCCUGCUGGCGCGUGUGGGAGCGGUGCGACAGAGCUUGAUGGAUCAAUUGGCGCUAGUCAUUGGCGUCUUCGAAGGAGGCUUCUUCCGUGGAGAAUGGCAUCAGGCCUCCAUCUUGGAGGUGGUGAUGUUCCUGCUGGGCACUUGCCUGGUCUUGACGGCCACGGCCAUGCUGUACCACCCCGUGGUCCCCGUGGACGACGGCAUCAGCUUGGAACCCAUGGUGAGCCGCGACAGCCGCGACUCCGAAGCCUCGGCCGUGAAACCUGAGCGAAAGGACAUGGAGGGCAAUUGUGAGUUGGAGAUCAGCUCCACCAUCUUCCUACAGAACCAUUCGGCCGUUCCACUGGUGGUCUUUCCGCUGGCAGACGAUGCCAAGACUCGUUUACUGGAGGGCGAAGAUCCUGUUCAGCAAGCCGACCUCAUAGGGCUGCUGCAAAAAUGCGGAUGGCUGACCAUUCAGCCCAACGAGGCUCCGCAAGCUGUGCCACUUAUGUGGUGUGUCUCGGAGCGCGUCUUCCGCGCCUUGAGCGAGGCGCAGCAGGUGGCGCAAGACAUGCUGACCGAGAUGGUGCCGCGCCAGCGAAAUGGCGCUUGGCAUGAAAAUAUGGAGCAGAAGGUGGCUGAUGCUGUUCAGAAGGGCGCUGGCAUGGCUUUUGCCGAAUGUCAAGAAAAGAAGAAACCUUUAAGGCCAUGGUGCUGCUCAUUGUCAAGCUUGCAAGAGGUGGGCCUGGAGACUUUGACAGAUAAGGCCCCGGAUGAGGUGCUUCCGGCCCUGAAGGAACUUCUCUUGAGAGGUGCUCUACAACCUCUGAUGGAGGAUGGGUCCUGGAACGCACUGAUUGGUGCCAAGAAGCUCUCGAACAAGCAGGAGAUGUUGGGUCGGCGCUUGGAAAACAACCUCCGGGGGCUCUGCUCCACCAUCAAUGGCGUCGGCACCAGUCGCCCCAGGUCACCUGAGGAUGCCUUGUUUUUCCUGGUGACCAUUGAGUACAUGGUCCGCGUUUGCAAUCGCCUCUGUUGUGCACUGGAGAUAACCCCUGUGGAGGAGUUCGAUGAGGAAACGACGGCAAAAGGCUGGCGGAUUCUGCCUGGAGAGGACACCAACUGUCGCGAACUGGACCAGUUGCAGUUGGAACUGGUCCUACCUGCUGAGAAGGUGGCCUCACAUCGUGGCUCCUUGGCCAGUAUCUUGGAGGAAGAGGACCCCGAAGCCAAGGACCUCGAAGCCAAGGACCUCGAAGCCAAGGACCUCGAAGUGAGCCUCGAAGCCAAGGACCUCGAAGCCAAUCAGAAGGAGCAAGGGUGGACCGGGGAAGUGGAACGCUACGAGCUGAUUUCGCCUGUGCAGUUGCUGGAUAAUGUGGCUCGGAGGAUAGGCGGUCAGCCCCACACCCAGUUCGCGCCGCAACUCGAGCUUGGUGGGACGGAAGGGGUUGACCUGUUGCUUCAAAGCCGCAGGCACGGUGGGACGGUGGGACGGGGUCAUUGGCAAUUGGGCGUGGAUGGCGGUCAUUUGCUGUGUUUUCUUUUUGAUCUCACAGCUGCCAUGGCUCACCAGGAGAUGGAAAGCUGGUUGAAGUGCAAGUUCACAGAGAAGAAGGUGCUAAAUCCAGCAUUUGUCGUCCUAGGCACUGUCAUCAAGCCUGGCCGGACCUUCACAGCUCGCAGUUUGGAAGUCACACCAGCCACUGGAGCAGAAGUUGGAAACCAAACAUGUUAUGAGUCCAAUCUCCCGGAGGAAUCAGCCAGAAUUUGUCAAUCCCUGGCUUUGACUAUGUCAGAUUACGCUCUUCGUGAGUCAUUGGUUGGUGAACCGCCGGUGGCGGGCCUCAGCCGCCGCGGCCACACGGCGGAGGAGCCGCUGAUGAUCAUCCCGGGGCACAGCGGCUCGGAGCUGAUGAGUCUGAGGCCGCUGUCCCAGCAUGCGCUGCAGGAUGGAACGCUGGAAAUCGGCCUCCGGGCGGCGGCGUCGGAAACCGCAGGCGCGCCGCGAACGGGCGGCCGGGGACGACUGAACCUGGUGGUGGGCCAUUCCCUAGUGCCACCAUACCUGGGCAUCAUAUUGAUCGACUUUCCAGGCGGCAGCCCGAGCCUCUUGCGCACCACCACCUUGCGCCAGCGACGGAAUCUCUUGAGCGCCAAAAAGACCACGAAGACAGGGAACAUCAAAGUGGAUCGUCCUGGCAAAGGUGGCGUUUUGCCAUCCUUGGCCCUGGGGGAUAGCUCCGCCGGCACUUUGUGUGUGGGUUUCUCGGUGAACCAGGCGCCCUUCCCCUUCUAUCGCACCUUAGUGGUGGAGCUCACCCGUCGCUACACCUUGGUGAAUUUGAAGAAGCACCGGCUCUGGGUCUCCGACGGCUCACGAGCUCUGGAGCUGCCUCCGGGAGAGCCCAAGGCGUAUCAUCCCAACAAUGGCGAUGCGGAGUUCCACCUGGACCUCAGCCUCAGCCAACUCUUCAAUGUGGAUGGCUCCACCUCGGCCCGAAGGGGCAAACUCCAGCUGAUGUACAUGGUGACGGACGACGAGACCCCGCACCGGGGCUCCGUUCAGAGCACCGGCAGCAUGGCCUUCUCGGGGCAACGCUGGGGACUCAUUGCCGUCGAAGCCAUGGAGGACAGCAGUGCGCUGAUCUUGCGCUUCUCAGACCCGCUGAAGCCGCAGUUUCGCAUGGUGAAUCGCUCCAGGUGUUCCGUGGCCUUUCGCCAGGACCAUGCUUCAGCUCCCUUCUUCUACUUGCCGGCUGAAGGCGUUCUGAACUUCGCCUGGUACUCACCGCCCUCCUUCCGGUCCGCUGCAGUGGCGCCGGAGAAUGUGCCGUUGGCGAAGGGGGGACUGAAGCAACAAAUGUGGGAUUUGAGCGCCGAAACACCUUCACAUGGCAGAUUUAUGGCAGAUUUACGGCAGAUUUAUGGCAGAUUUAUGGCAGAUCUAAGAUGA